CACUAAUCUGCAGGAAUUUCUGAUCUCAUGAGGAGUCCGCUGUGACCAGACACACACUCCGCUGCUGCUCCUCACACCUCAGGACCGAACCACCAACAGACUUUGGCGCCCUCUGCAGCGAGAGACAGCGACUACACGACGUCAUGUCCAGUAAGAUGGUGGUCCAGCAGCCGCAGGCGCUGAUGGUGAACCGGGAGUCUCAAGAAUGGGGGUCUGGGAUCUGUGACUGCUGUGAAGACGUGCCAGAGUGCUGUUUUGCUUUCUGGUGUUGUCCGUGCUUCGCCUGCAUGGUCUCCAAACGGUACGGCGAGUGUUUGUGUCUGCCGCUGAUCGACAUGUGGGGCUUCAUCCCGCCGGCCAACAUGGCCAUGAGGGUCUCCAUGAGGGAACGCUACGGCAUCAGGGGCACCAUGUGCCGGGACUGCUUGUGCGCCGGCUUCUGCACGGUCUGCUCCUGGUGCCAGAUGUCCAGAGAGAUGAAGAGAAGAAACAUUCAAGUUGUCAUGGUCAACGCCAAAAACACAUGAGCCGCUUCAUCGUCUCGUCGACUACUUCAGGAACUCAUCUGUGACCUAUGACCUUUCAAGAAAAAUCCACUUCGGCUUGAUGGGAAACGGACAUGCAAACACCCUCUUAUCUGAUCUUCUUCCUCGCCUUCAAUCGCAUCAAUAGCAGAGUCAAAAUGGAGAAAGCCUUUGAAUGCACCGUCGUGAUCUGGCUAUUUUUGGAUCAAUAAAACAUGCUUUUGUCCUUUUGAUUAAAUAAACCACUGCACUGAAAUGAAAGUAAGACUCUGC